AUGGACGCACCGACACACAACCAAGACCCGGAGGCGGCCGCAUACGAUUAUGAGCUUACUAUGCGCAUGACUGAGCAGAUGAGUAUGCAUGAGACACGAGACAUGUACGGCGAGCCGCAUCAACAAAGCGACGCGGCCUGUGACGAUCCAACUCAACAGCACCACGGGGACCAUGCGGACCCAGCCCAAGAGCAUCAAACCUGGGACUAUGAUGCGCCACCGGAGCACGAGCGGGAGGCUGAUCCGAACUACGAGCAUAAUCAGGGUUAUCACGACAAGUAUGAUCCUGUACAGGACCACGCUCAUGGACAAGACUAUAACCACGCGUACACGCACGAGCAUGGGAACGAGCAUGAUCACGGCCUCGCCAACGAUGACGACUAUGAAUAUCAGUAUGAAGAAAGUUAUGCUGAGAAGUACAACGUGAAUCACGACCCAGAAGAUGGGCAAGGUGACGAGCACAACCAGAACCAUGAACAUCACGAUUACCCUGAUCAUCAGCAUGACCAUGACCACGGCUACGACCAUGACCACGACCAAGAGCCUCACCACGACCACGACUCUCACCACGACCACGACUCUCACCACGACCAAGACUCUCACCACGACCAAGACUCUCACCAUGGCCACGAGCAUCACCAGGAACACGAGUCUAGCCAUGACCGUGAGCAUAACCACCACCAUCCACACCAUUUCCCCCACCACCCACAUGGCCAUGAGCAUGAACAUCAGCAUGAGCAUGAGCAUGAUGCCGAACACGGCGACGGCGACCAUAACAAGCACAAGCACGACGAUCCCAACCACGAGCACGAGCACGAGCACGAGCACCACAACGAUGACGAUUAUCAUCCUGACCACGAACACAAGAACAAGCACCACGACGAUGACCACGAUCAUCCCGACCACGAACACAAGAACAAGAACCACGACAACAACGACGAUCAUCCCGACCACGAACAUAAGCACAAGCACCAUCACGACAACAACGACGAUCAUCCCGACCACGAACAUAAGCACAAGCACCAUGACGACGACGACGACGCCGACUCGGACUCCAAAUCCAAAGGGUGCGACGGAAAGUGCUGCGGCGGAAAAUGCGACGGCUCCUGCUGCGGAGGCCAUUGUGUUGGCAACUGUAAGAGCGACAACCCGGAUGUGGUACGCACCACCGAAAUUAGUCUCGAUGUCUCAUAUUCCUAG